GCAGGAGGUGGUUCUGCUGGUGUUUUCUUCCUGCUGCAGCCAGCCCAGGGUGUAGGCAUGGAGCCUGCUGGCAGGUGAGGCAGCUGGGUGGGCAGUCACGUUUGGAGACCUAGGGCCUGCAGGCCUUGGAGUUCAGGGCAUGGCAGGACCCCUGCGGGGCCGGGUGGAGGAGCUGAAGCGGCCCUGGUGGCGGGAGAGCUCACCGCUGGUGCUAAGGCACAGUGAGGCGGCCCGGCUGGCGGCUGAUGCCCUCCUGGAGCGGGGCGAGGCUGCCUACCUGCGGGUCAUCUCUGAGGAAAGGGAGCUGCCCUUCCUGAGCGCCCUGGACGUGGACUACAUGACCAGCCACGUGCGUGGGGGCCCUGAGCUUGGCGAGGCCCAGGGGCCAGAGGCCUUGGGGCCUGACCGCCUCAGCCUGCUCUCUGAAGUCACCUCAGGCACUUACUUCCCCAUGGCCUCCGACGUAGAUCCCCCGGAUCUGGACCUGGGCUGGCCCGAGGUUCCACAGGCCACGGGCUUCAGCCCCACCCAGGCUGUGGUCCACUUCCAGAGGGACAAGGCCAGGAACAUCAAGGACCUGCUGCGCUUCCUCUUCAGCCAGGCCUGCACGGUGGUGGCUGUCGUGAUGGACAUAUUCACUGACAUGGAGCUUCUGUGUGACCUCAUGGAGGCCUCGAGCCGGCGUGGUGUCCCUGUCUACCUGCUUCUGGCCCAGGAGCACCUGAGGCACUUCCUGGAGAUGUGCUACAAGAUGGACCUCAAUGGGGAGCACCUGCCGAACAUGCGUGUGAGGAGCACAUGUGGGGACACAUACUGCAGCAAGGCAGGCCGCCGCUUCACCGGACAGGCCCUGGAGAAGUUCAUCAUUGUGGACUGUGAGCAGGUGGUGGCAGGCAGCUACAGCUUCACCUGGCUUUGCAGCCAGGCCCACACUAGCAUGGUGCUGCAGCUGAGAGGCCGCAUCGUGGAAGACUUUGAUCGUGAGUUCCGCUGCCUGUAUGCUGAGUCACGGCCUGUGGAGGGCUUCUGUGGCAGUGAGGAUCCACAGUCUGCCUGGGCACCGCAUCCUCCCCCAGUGGCCCUGGCCUUCAGGCCUGGCAUCCCAAGCCCCACAUCCUCCUCACCCUCCAGCACCAGCCUCAGCAGCAUCAAGCGCUCACCUCUCAUGGGCCACUCCUCCUACCUUGCUCUACCAAGAGGUGGUGGCUGCAGUGACACGGGUAUGGGGUCCUCAUCUCCAGGCCCUGCCCGCUUCGAGGCCAGUGGCCAGCCCUCCCUGCAACGCCAGCUGCCAGACCCUAACCAUGGCUCCCCUCCUGGGCCUUACAGGGCCAACCUGAGCAAGCUGGGGGCAUCCCCAUGGUGCCAAUCGUCCCCUGCCCUCAACCACAAUAGCGCCAGCCCCUUGACCUUGGCAAUGGGGUCACCUCUGCUCCCCUGCCAUCACCCCCUCCUCCAUUUCCCCCGGGGUGUCUCAGCUUUGCCCCGGCUCCCAGAGAAUGGGCUCCCAGGAAGCCAGGAGCCCAGCCUGCCACGAGGUCACCAGGUACCUGGCACUGUCCUGGAGAUGGUGGAGGAGAAGAAGGCAUCUCUGCAUCAGAGCCAUGGCCAGCUGGACCUCCUUGUCCCCUUCGCUAGAGCCCGAGAAGCAGGAGACCCUGGAUCUGGGGUUACUCCCAACUCAGGCUCCCUUCGGCCUGGUGAACAGGCCCCAGAGGACAGGAGGUUGUCCCCAAGCCGGAGUGACAGCCAGUUGGAUCUCCUGCCCCAGGUCCAGAAUGCUAGGCGUGCCCCUGAGUCAGGUUCCCUCAGACCUGUUGAUCAGGGCCCAGAGGACAGGAGGCUGUCCCCAAACCAUAGCCAUGGCCAACUGGACCUCCUGGCACAGUACCCCAAGGCCCGGGGCUUCAGAGUGCCCCGUGAAGCCAUCUCAUCAGCCAGGCCUGGCAAACAGGGUCCAGAUGAGCGACGGCAGACCCUGGGCCAUAGCCAGCUGGACCUCAUCACAAAGUUUGGCCCAUUCCGGAGUGAUGGGCCUGGGCCCAGUGGUCUCCCAGGGCCAAGCCCUGCUCACAUGGCACGAGUCAGCUCUGGGGAUGAGAAGCGGCUGACUCUGGGCCACAGCAAGCUGGACCUCAUCACCAAGUAUCAUCAGUUGCAGGCUGCCAGGCAGGGACCUGAGCCUGGCCCCACAAGUUGCCAUCGCAAUGGUAGUAGCAACGAGCUGUUUGGGGAAGAGAAACGGCUGACCCUGGGCCACAGCAAACUGGACCUCAUCACUAAGUACAACAAGUCCAAGUUCAAGCUGCUCCGAAGUCGCUUUGAGUCCUAGCCCUGCUCCCAGCAGGGACAGGUCCCUCCUCCAUCCACUGAGACUCUGGACUUGCUCAGGUCCCAGACUCUGGGGAGGGAGUUGCCUAGAAGCCAAGGUCAGAUACGCUCAAGAUUCUUGUUCACACACACACACACACACACACACACAGCCCCCCACCCCCCCCAUGGGACCCACAGUUACUGAGCACUUAGUGCAUGCCACUGUGCUGGGCACUUUGCACCAGUUACUUCCUCCCAUCCCUCAUCCUCACACAAUCCUACAAGAUGAACCUCUUGUAGGUGUAUAACUGUGGGAUAAUAGGAAUUACUUCCCACUCCCUUUUUAUAAAUGUGGAAGCUGAGGCCCCGAGAGUGUGGAUGACUUACUUGGAGUCAAGUAAAUGGCAGAACAGAG